UGAUAGAAGUGCCAUCAGCGAGCAGAUGUGUGCGUGCCUCACUUGUCCUUUGCUUACCGCAGCUCUGUGAAUAUUUGCUGUUCAUUCUUAUUAUCUAAGUCUUGAAAUCUCACGCAUUUGUUUCCCUUGAUGUGGUACUAUGCGUGGUAUGCUGAAAAAUCUGACAUUUUCUGUCAUCUCUCCGACUGUUUCGAACACAGUAAACGCAGGAAAACCUCUGCAUGUUGUUUGCGAGACUCAGUCGGGUCACCCACUAAGCAAACGCUUUACAAUGCAUGAGUCAUGGGCCGGGGGUCACCGAGGGCCACGUGACGGUGAAAACCAUCUACUGAAAAAUUACUCAAAACGGUCCAAAUUGCACAAAAUACAGCAAACUAAAUUCCACAGACAAGUACAAAUCACAUCACACGAAGAUUUAAAUACGAUGGAAAUGCCAACUUCAGAAGAAACGAGAUUUAAAAUUUAAAAGGAGAUGUGGCAGCAGCUUGAACAGCGCCCUCAUUUGAACUUAAUAUCCACUGAAUGCCUGAAAUCUUUAUUUUCAGUAAAAGGUCACCCACUCUGGAAUCAAUGAACCUGGCAGUUCCCGGCAGAGCAUGGCGCCCAGGGUCAUGGCAGCUGCCUUUUCAGACGAACUUUGUCACUUGCGUAUGUACCAUGAUAAUGUUCUUACUGGAUUGAGUAUUGACAUACAUUGUACAGUACAUGUACAUGUACGUGUACUCGUACAGUACAGCCAUGGAAACUACUGAGCGCCUCCUGUCCCAUUCACAGACGCUUGUGUCAUGUAGUCGCUGGUUCCUUGUUCGGAAGUGGCAAUUCUAUGUAGAACUUGAGAAAUUGAUCAUGGCCGAUACAAUGUUGAUAUCAAACACAACCUAAUAUUUUGGAUGCUCCCGUGAAGGUAUUCUCUGCUAUGUGAGAACAACAAGAUGGCCGAUGACAUCCAAAGAGUGUUUCUUUGGGGCAUCUCUCGAAGCAUGUCGACGGCCCUGCUGAAGUGUCUAAGCUACGCCGAGGGAAUUCAAAUCAUAAACCAGCCCUACGCAUCUGCCUUCUACACUGGACCCCAAGCAGAACGGCCUGAACUAAAUCAAAACGACAAACUUCUAAACAAAAUUGUCGCAACGUAUGAUAAACUAUCAGAAGACAGUGAAAAAGCAAAGGUGCGGGGGCUUGCUCCGUCUUUGAUGUCACUUGAGCGGAUCCGGGACGAUCUCUUGCAAGCCCAAUAUUCCGACAAGAAGGUUCUUCUUUGCCGAGAUCAGGCGCAUUACCUCAAAGGCCGAUAUGAUAUGCUGCCUCGUGGCUUCAAGUACAGCUUCCUCAUUCGUCAUCCUUACAAGGUGGCUCGUUCUUUGAAGAAGCUCCUCCUCGGCAUUUUCGGCGAUUUCCCCAACAUGCGCGAAUUGCCACUCUUGGCUUUUCCUCCAGGAUGCGGAUUCAAAGAUCUUUUCGAUUUGGUAGAGUACGUCAGAGAGAACAUCGACCCUCAUCCCACCAUCCUGGACACCGACGAUUUGCUGCAGGAUCCGGCCAGGAUCUUAUCGACUUACUGCUCCAGGAUGGGAAUUCCAUACUCAAGCAAGAUGCUGUCUUGGGAGACUGGGAAUGAAAUCACCAAAACGUGGAUCAUGUGUAAGGAAAUCGUCUUGUGCAAUGAAUCUCAAGAAUUCUACAAGCGCGCUUUCGAGAGUGAGCGGUUCGGGAAACCCACCCCCAUUCCAGAUCCAGCGAGUCUCCCGGAAGAUGUGCGGGCCUGCGCUGAGGAGAGCAUGAAGUAUUACGAAAGUCUGUAUCGUGAAAGAAUCACGGCAUCCGUAGAGUGAGGGUUUUAAAAGUUUGAGUACUUUCCCAUACACAGGUUUAGUCUAGUCCAGUCUCCCGGUCUUGACUGUGCCCUUUUGUACCGAUUUCUGCAGAAACACUAAGGAAAGGCCGCCUUGAAAUACCGGUACUACGCCUCGGUGGAAAUGGACUAACGACAGACGAAACGAAUUACAUUAAGAAGAGAAAAUGACGGGGAUGGAUAUUCUAGGGCGUUUUUAAGUUUACUACUUAAACAUUAGCUAUUCCACAGAAGACGAAAUCAGUCUAACGGUUCUUCGCAGUUUGAAAUUAUGUAAUGGACUGCCUGAAAAGUUCUUAAUCGGUUCAAAGGAAAGUCACUAUGAUGAAAAACUUUGAUUGCUUCGAUUUAUGUAAAACCUUCACAUGUGGGUUCGUUUAAUGGCAGAAAAGUUCGGCUGUAUGUAGGUUUAGAGAGCUGUGAUUAGGUAAAAUAUAGAUCUGGCAUUGUUACUGCCAGAAAAGGAAAAAUACAACAAAUUAUAAAAGAAAUGUACUCUUUAUUUAAGUGAGUUUAGCUUGUUGUAUUAUUGUAUUUUCAGCUUGAUUGUUUGAGUUGAGAAGAAAGUAGUGAACAUGUGCUGAAAAACUAUCACAAGGGUGCAGUGCUUAUAAAGGGUAACAGAAAUAAAAAGCAGUUAGUUCACGCAUGAGUAUUUUAAAAUAACAUUAAAUACGUAACCAUUU